GUCCUUUCUGACAUUCAGCAUCGUAGUCAGGUGGCAUUGGUUAGAUUGCGUGUCUAUCUUUGUGCCUUUGCCUUACAGUGUCUGGAAAUUAAAAUGAAACCACUAUAUGUCAGACGGCGAAAAUUGAACGCAGGUUAAGGGAAGCGGUUCUCCAGUGAACAAACAGAACAUAUCGGCGUCAAAAGAUAACUAAUAAUGCAGGCGGGGCUACGUGAAAGCGAGCACGCAGCGGGCAUUAUUUCUCGAGCGACUGCCCUUACGGAUGUAGACUCCGAGGCAGAGUCCCACUUGGACGGACGUUCAGAAGAGGUGGACAAGGAAACCAGGAGCCGGGCUUACACUUGGUGUAAGGAAUUUCUCGCUGGGUCCUGGAAGCUCAUCUCCGAGAACGAUUUUGAGAUCGACAUUGUCAGUGGAGGAUUAAGUAAUCUGCUGUACGUGUGCUCUCUGCCAGAGCAUGUUCUAAGUGUUGGAGAUGAACCUCGCCAAGUGCUUCUCAGAAUUUAUGGAGCCAUUUUGCAAGAUGUUGAUUCCAUUGUGCUAGAGAGUGUGAUGUUUGCUAUUUUGGCAGAGCGAGCACUGGGUCCACGGUUAUAUGGAGUUUUUCCACAGGGACGGUUAGAACAAUACAUUCCAAGCAGACGGUUGAUGACACAUGAGCUAAGUAUCCCUGAGACUUCAGCGGAGAUUGCUGUAAAGAUGUCUCGAUUCCAUGGAAUGGUUAUGCCCUUCAACAAGGAACCAAAAUGGCUUUUUCGGACCAUAGAAAGAUACAUGAAGCAAAUUCUGACACUAAAAUUCACAAGGGAAGCCCAUAUUAAAAAAUUUAACAAACUGAUGAAGUACAAUCUGCAAGAUGAAAUGAAAAUCCUAAGAGCAAUGCUGGAGGCAACUCCCUCACCAGUAGUAUUCUGUCAUAAUGAUGUUCAAGAAGGUAACAUUCUACUGCUUGCGAACCAAGAUGUGAGCUCCAGUGAAAAGCUUAUGCUGAUAGAUUUUGAAUACAGUAGUUAUAAUUACAGAGGUUUUGAUAUUGGAAACCAUUUUUGCGAAUGGGUUUAUGACUACACCUACAAUCAGUGGCCAUUUUUUAAAGCUAACCCAGAGAAUUACCCAAAUAGGCAGCAACAGCUGCAUUUUAUUCGUCAUUACCUAUCAGAAUAUGCUGUAAACAAUGCAAAUAUAGCACAUGAAGAUCAAGCAAAAAUUGAAGAAGAAAUGAUCAUAGAAUCCAAUAGAUUUGCGUUGGCUUCACAUUUUAUGUGGGGUUUAUGGUCUAUUAUACAGGCUAAAUUAUCGACUAUAGAGUUUGGGUACAUGGACUAUGCCCUGUGUCGAUUUAAUGCUUACUUCCGGCAGAAAGCUUUGUUUGCUUAGUUAUUCUGUCUUUUCAAGGAGGCCAGAUGAAAGACUAUUUGAGACUGUAUGUCUCUGAGUAGCUUCUGUGUAUUCUGAUUCCAGCUAUCACCAUUUGCACAGUCUGUUUUUAAUUUUUUUUACAGUAAUUAUUUAUUUUAGACCUGCAAGUCCUUCAAAAAAAUGGUGCCUACAUAAAGUAAGUCACUAUAACCUUUGCCGAAACAGUGAAGGCCAAACGUCCUUGGAAAUAAAAGAAAGAUGGUAAACAUAGAAACGGGAGGGCAAAACAAUAUGCUAAUUAUUACAAUUGUCUGUACCAACAUUUUGUUUAGAGUAAUUUAUUAUUCAGCAUAAAAAUUGCAAUGCAAUUCUAAAUAUUCAUCUCCAUUUUAUUCAAGAAAUGGGAACACAUGUUGGAGAACAGUAGGUCCGUGUUAGUGUCUAGAAAUGUCAAGUCAAGAUCUUCAUUUGGUAUACUGUAUACUGUAUUUGCCACCUGAUACUAUGGAGCUUCAGCUAUAGGGUUCAUUUUCUGUAGGAAAGAGACAAACGUGCAGGGUGUCGCAAAGAUCAUGGAUGAAAAUGCUACUCUGGUUUAUUAAUACAUUUUCCGCCCCUUUUUAUUUUUUGCUGUCAAAAUUCCAUUAUUACAAGUAUAUGAAUGUACAGUCAAAGGUAACGGUAUAUGAAUGUAUUGAUAGACUUUUACGUUUUUUUUUAAAAUGUGCAAUAUAUAUGUUAAAUUACCAUGACCACAAUACAAGUGCAGACUAUGACAGUAUACAGUAGAGUAAAUCAUGUCAUAUCAUCAACAUUUUCUUAAAGCAUUUCAGAAUUAUAAAGCAAACGGCAGGAGACUGGAAAUACUGUGCUUGUAUGUGACAAUAUUUAGUUAGGAUUUGUUUUUCCAAAGCUAUUUAUUAGUUUUUUUAUGCAGGUUCCAGUGGUACACUUCACAAAUUAUUAGGCCCAAGGCAAAUGGCAUUGCUUCCACUUACACAACUGCACACUCAAGGCACCACUAUGACAUCUCUUGUCAUGUGAAUGUCACAUGACAGAAUCUAAACAAAAAUUGCAAUAAAAUAAUAAUUAUAAUAAAAUCGUCAAAAAAUCAAUAAAAUCAUAAAGCUGUAUUUAACGGGGGACUAUGAAGCACCUUGUUAAUGCAGGCAGCUUAUUCCUUAAGCUGAAGAGAGUACAGUAGUCUUAGCGUGUCACAUUUGUUUACCCCCUACUGCCGACUAUCCCAAAUGAGUGCUCUUCGACGCUACUUAUCUUGCUGCUGGAUGUAUUGGGCAGCACGCCGGGCCCAUUCAGAAACCUUUGACUUAUCAAAAGACUCCUUGAGGCCUGCAGCACAUUCUGGUGCAUGGUCCUGAUAUUACAAGAUGAUGAAGAGUCUCCUUAUGGAACAAAUGAACGCUCAUAAGGCCAAUAGGCGGGCUCAUUUUGUUGAUUUGUGAGCAGAAGUUUCCUGUACGUUCAGAAAAAUUCCAGAUUUAAAAACCGGUAUGUUCUCACAACUCCAUUUCCCAACACACUGAUGAAAUUAGAGUCUUGCAGAGUAAAAUUGAAACACUUAAAUCAAAGCUAGUAGAAAAGGAAGACGGGGACCAUUGAAAAAAGUUUUUUUUUUUUUUUUGGUCCAGAUCAUGGAUGAGAUGGUUUCCAACAUUGAAAAGGCCCACAGAAAGUAUCAGUGUGGUCAGUUCCUGUGCUUUAAUCAUCCUGUUUGUAAGACUUUUCUUGUCAUACAAGCUACGAAGACACCUUUACUACAGUAUACUGACAUCCUUGAAAAGGAAGCCUAUAAAUGCAAUUGUGAAGAAAGUAAAAGAAGUUGGGCUGUAUACAUUUAUGUUGUACCCAUCAUCUCUAAAACAUCGAGUGGUAGGCACCUGCUGUUUUCUUCAGUUCUCCAGCAGAUGUGCUUUGAGUGGCUGGGGUCUUUUCCCAUUUAAUGGUUGUUCAGUCUGGUUUGUCAAGGCAUCACAAGACUCUCCACAAGGAAAUCCUAUGGUGACAGUGCUUGCUAAUCAUGGUUCUCAACUCUCCUCCUUGUAACUAGUAUUGCAAAUUUGCAAAUAUCUCAGGGUUUUAGUAUUGGACUUUGCUAAGUUCUUUUUCCACCAUUGACUGAUUGGUUUUUUAAAAUUUGAAUUUCUUCUAUAGUCAUGGAAUAUUCUUUAUUUUCUCCAUGCUGUAAAUCCCAGUUACAAAUUGGUUAUGUAUUUGCCAAGCAAAGGUCCCACUUAUUCUGUUUCUCCCACCCUUCUUCUUGUCAGAUCAUAAGAUUCUUCUUCUCAAAAUCCAUAAUCCUCACUUGCAGACCCAAGCCAGCAGAUGGAGAUUACAUUUUUAUAAAAUAAUUUAGUGAUCGGUUAUCUAUGAAACAAAAUGAGCAGUCACACUCCUGGUUUUGUGCCUCCAUCUCCCCCCCAACUCAACGAUCCCAUGCCUCUUUACUCCUUUGUCUCAUGGAGGAAGGUGUUCUCAUUGAUUUAAGCGUCUAUCAUUGACAUAAGCACAUUUGCUCCAGUAAUUUGUUAAUCAGCCCAGGCACAACAUAUUGCUGUUACAUAUUAAUUGUUUUUCAUCCCAAAAAGAAAAAGUGUUAAACAUCUGACACAAGUCCACACAUCAUGCUUGAUGCCACACCAGUACUGUAUAUCCAUAAUAAAAGUUGAUCUUUUAUUAAUUUGCCAUUUGUCAACAUAUACUGUAACUAAAUUAUGUUCAAUACUGAACAGAAUUUAUUUUCAACUUUAAAAGGAAUGCUCAAGAAAUUCAGAUUACAGUUCCUCAAAGAUUUCAGUAAUCUGAUUUAGUAGCAAAAUGUUUUCAACUCCGAAUCAUCAAUUCAUUCCAUAACAACAUUCCUUUUGACUAGAAUAGUAGUCAGUAGAAUUCAGAUUACUCCGCAAACGUCUCAAACUCUAGUUUGCCUGUCCUAUGGACCUCUAACCAGAUCCUGAUGAAAUGAAGGAGAUUCUACAGAGGAAAAACAUUUUCAUAUGUGCAACAAUAACCACAUUAAAGAAGCUUUGUAAAGUCUUUCAAGCAUUUAAUUUCUUGCUUGUUGGUUAGAAACUCUUUUCUGGUUGAUUCUCUUCUGUUUGGCCAGAUUUUGUGCUGUUUCGAGCAGUUUUUUUAGCAGCUUCUCUGUCAGAUGAGAUUGAGAUCUGUGGCUGUGUUACAUGACCUGUUGGGCGAGGAGCUUGGACUGGGCUGCCUAGAUGAGCACGGCUUUCCUUGAAGUAUACCAGGGUUCUUAAGAAUUAUUUUUUAAAAUAUUUUUUGUCAUGUUAAAGACAUGUAAAUUGAUUACUUCUUAUUAUAUGGCCUUGCUCCUUCUCAGUAUGGCGACACUGGCAGUUUACCAGCUUCUAAAUGCUUUUCAGUUGGAUUGGGCAACAGACCUGCAAGUCGACAAUCAUUCUUCAUUGUAAAGUGGUUUCAUCUAUCAUUGCUCUUCUGUUAGUGACUGUUCCUCAGUGGUCUGAACCCUUUACACAUCUCCCAACUUUUUUUUGAAUGUUUCCAUUCACUUUUCUAUACACUCACCAGCCACUUUAUGAGGUACACCUGUUCAACUGCUUGUUAACCUAAAUACCUAAUUAGCCAAUCAGAUGGCAGCAACUCAAUGCAUUUAGCCAUGUAGACCUUCUCAAGAUGACCUGCUAAAGUUCAAACCAAGCAUCAGAAUGGGGAAGAAAGUUGAUUUAAGUGACUUUGAACAUGACUUAAUUGUUGGUGCCAGACAGGCUGGUCUGAGAUUUCAGAAACUGCUGAUCUACUGGGAUUUUUAUGCACAACCAUCUCUGGGAUUUACUGAGAAUGGUCCAAAAAAGUGAGUGGCAGUUCUCUGGGCGAAAAUGCCUUGUUGAUGGCAGAGGUCAGAGGAGAAUGGCCAGACUGGUUUGAGCUGAUAGAAAACCAACAGUAACUGAAAUAAGCACUCGUUGCAACCGAGGUAUGCAGAAGAGAAUCUCUGAAUGUACAACAUACCGAACCUUGAAGCAGAUGGGCCACAGCAGCAGGAGACCACACCGGUGACCACUCCAGUCGGCUAAGAACAGGCAACUCAGGCUACAAUUCACACAGGCUCACCAAAAUUAGAAAAUAGAAGAAUGGAAAAACAUUGCCUCGUCUGAUGAGUCUCGAUGACUGCUGUGACAUUCGGAUAGUAAGAAUUUGGGGUCAACAACAUGAAAGCAUGGAUCCAUCCUGGCGGUGUAAUGGUGUGGGGGAUAUUUUCUUGCCACACUUUGAGCCCCUUACUACCAAUUGUGCAUUGUUUAAAUGACACAGCCUACCUGAGUGUUGUUGCUGACCGUGUCAAUCCCUUUAUGACUGCAAUGCACCCAUCUGCUGAUGGCUACUUCCAGCAGGAUAAUCCACCAUGUCACAAAGCUCAAAUCAUCCCACAUUGUUUUUUUAGACAUGACAAUGAAUUCACUGUACUCAAAUGGCCUCCACAGUCACCAGAUCUCAGUCCCAUAGAGCACCUUCGGGAUGUGGUGAAUAGGAGAUUCACAUCCGACAAAUCUGCAGCAACUACGUGAUGCUGUCAUGUCAUUAUGGACCAAAAUCCCUGAGAUCUUUCCAGCACCUUGCUGAAUCCAUACCACGAAGAAUUACAGCAGUUCUGAAGGCAAUAGGGGGUCCAACCCGGUACUAGUAAGGUGUACCUAAUAAAGUGGCCGGUGGGUGUAUUUUGAGAGGUUAAACAUUCAUCUGAACACAUGAGUUGGUGUGAAUUUCAGUUUUUUCUUCUAACCAAACUUGCACUACAUUCCUGUUCUUCUUUGUUGCAACCUGCAGUAGUAACAGCGCUCAGUAGCAAGUCACACGUUAACAACAGCAGCGCACUGACAUGUCAAUGCUGAGAAAUGGGUUUGAAACAAACUGCAGGACAGAAUUAUGGUAGGAGUUUAUCUUUUAAAACUGGUUUUGUGCACUGGCCUGUCCAUCAGUUUGUUUUUAUGUACUUCACUGUAUUUUUGAACUUUCUUUUAAAAGGAAUGUAUUUUGUAUAAAUGUGUCUAUAGCAACUUAACAAUAUGUGAAUAAUUGGCUCUGCUACUUCUUUAAUAAUUUCCCCUUAUUAUGUGACUGCAGUUUUUGAUUGUUUAAACCAUAUUAAGACUAUAUGUAAAAUAAAAAUCUAAUCAAACCGUA